GGCACUGGGCAUUCGCCACCACCUCUCCCUCUUUUCUGGCAGCAUCCAGCACAGCCGCAGAGCCAAAGCACACUGGAUAUGGGCAAAAAAAUAACUUGUUCCACUAUGAGGCUGGACUGAGAGCAGCCGGACCUGGUGAUCAAGCUGAGGCUCUUGGCUGCAGGGAGUCCAGCCGGACUAGAUUCAAUGCUAAUCCAGCAGAAGGAGGGACUUUCUACUUUUUUUUUUUUUUUACCAUUGUCAGGCCUGUUGGAAGUUGUGUUCUGGCCUCUUUGAGGAUGUGAGGAUGCCAUCUUUACAUGCAUGCUGAGAAAACCUGUUUGUGCUGGAAGUUCAUGGCCAAAUGUAGAGCUGUUGUGGCUGAUGAAAAGCAGUUUGGAGGAACUAUGUCAGCCACUCAAGGGAUGAACCACAGUGGUGUCUACAACUACUUCCUCAACAUGGUGGCCUAUCAGAUAUGCUGUUGCUGUGGACCGGCUCCCUGUUCGCUCUGCUGUGCCUUUUGUCCUCCAGUCAAAUCGUCCACCAGCACGCGGAUCAUGUACACCCUCUUCCACAUCAUGAGCUGCGCCGUCUCUUGCCUCAUGCUGUCCCGCACCGUCUCCGAGCUUGUCAGAGAAAAUGUGCGUACUGGGAUCCUAUCCUCCAUGACACAAAUCAAAGACAUCAGCUGAAAUAUACAAGAUACUGUAUCAUACUGAUCAUACUGUACAAAAGUCCUGACAGAAAUAACUCACUGUAAAAACACAUUUGGAGUAAGCAGGGAGAAGAAAAUGCUCAUGGGGUUCAGCUCCUUCAACACCCCAGGGUGCUUUGGACUGGCUGCAGGUGCCUUUCUUUAACAUGGUGUGUGACCAGGCGCAUGGCGGAGGCCACUGUGAAAUGCUGGUGGGCUACUCAGCGGUCUACAGAGUCUGCUUUGGCACUUCCUGUUUCUACCUGAUGAUGGCGAUCUUCCUCAUAGAUGUGAAGUCCAGUCAGGACUUCAGAGCACUCAUACACAACGGCUUCUGGUUCCUGAAGUUCAUCACUCUGCUUGGGAUGUGUACCGCUGCCUUCUUCAUCCCAACAGAGUCCUUCCUGCACGCUUGGCAUUAUGUUGGGGUGGUGGGCGGGUUUGCCUUCAUCCUCAUCCAGCUCAUCCUCAUUACAGCUUUUGCACACACCUGGAACAAGAACUGGUUGACCGGUGCAGCAGAAAACAAACGUUGGUAUCUGGCAGUGAUGUGCGCCACCCUCUUUUUUUACACUAUCGCCACCAUGGCCUUCACCUUCAUGUACAAGUAUUACACACACCCCAUCGCCUGCCACUUCAACAAGGCCCUGCUGUGGAUCAACCUGGGACUGUGCGGCCUCAUGUCCUUCAUUGCCAUCACACCAUGUGUGAAGCAGAAGCAGCCUCGGUCGGGCCUCCUUCAGGCCUCCAUCAUCAGCUGUUAUGUCAUGUACCUCACUUUCUCUGCGCUGUCCAGCCGCCCGCCAGAGAAAGGUACGCUAACUUACCAGACAGAGCAGAAGCACAGUAACAGAUCUCUGCAGCUCCACUGGCACACAGAACAUUGAAAUGUUGUUAUUAAUAACCCCCAUUUUCCCCCCACAGAGAAUUAGGCCCUGUUUAGACGACGGUUUCUCUAAAAACGGAAAAGUCUGUCCUUUGCGUUUUAAAAAACUUCUGCGAUUAUAUGACGACGUUAUUGAAAUGAUCC